UCAAACGCUGAGAAGUGAAAUCCCUAAUUCUCCAAUUCCGAGCACCUUUUUUCAAUUUUCCAGCGCGAGCUUUCGACAAUGUCAGGACGCGGCAAGGGAGGCAAGGGUCUCGGCAAGGGAGGUGCGAAGCGUCACCGUAAGGUCCUCCGCGACAACAUCCAGGGGAUUACCAAGCCCGCGAUCAGACGUCUGGCGAGACGUGGUGGAGUCAAGCGAAUUAGCGGUCUGAUCUACGAGGAGACCAGAGGCGUCCUGAAGAUUUUCUUGGAGAACGUGAUCCGCGAUGCAGUAACUUAUACCGAGCACGCUAGGAGGAAGACCGUGACCGCGAUGGACGUUGUCUAUGCAUUAAAGAGGCAGGGCAGGACUCUGUACGGGUUUGGUGGUUGAGUUCUUUUGAGCUUAAUUGCUUCCCCUUUCUGGUUCUCUUUUGUUAGGUUUUCUUUUCUCUUUUUUUACCUUGAUGUUGUGAUUAGUUUAGAUCCAUGAUCGAUCUCGAAAGCAAGUUUGUUGUUUUUGGGUUUUCGUGGUAAAGCAUAUAGCUUGUAGGCUAUUUUAUUGUAUACAGAUCUGAAUCAACUGAUCAUGUGGCUUCUAUCAUGGAAUUGUGGAACUGAUUAAACAAAGUGGUCUUCGCUUUCUACUUGGAAUUAUGUACAGUUCACACAAUUUUAGACUCCAAUGGAUGCUUCAAAAGCUGAAUGGAUGUUAAGGAUUGUGUUGA